AUGUCUGAACUUGACGACCUCUCUCUCGAUCCUAAUCUUCAGCACAUCUUUGACAAAGAGUCCACCUUGAAGUGGAUCUUUGUUGGUGGUAAAGGUGGUGUUGGUAAGACCACAUCCUCAUGUUCUGUUGCCAUCAGAUUGGCCAUGGCUAACCCAGAUAAGCAAUAUCUUUUGAUUUCUACUGACCCUGCUCAUAAUUUGUCCGAUGCCUUCGGACAGAAAUUCGACAAAGAUGCCAGACCAGUCGAAGGCUUGAAGAACUUGUCAUGUAUGGAGAUUGAUCCAAGUGCCUUCAUGGAAGAAAUGAAAUCGCAAAACAAUUUCGGCGAAAACGACGCCUCUAACCCAUUGAGUAUCAUGAAUGAUAUGACCUCUUCCAUUCCGGGGAUCGAUGAAGCUCUUUCGUUCAUGGAAGUUAUGAAGCAUAUCAAGAGCCAGAAUGCUAACGAUAAUCCUGAAAACGCCAAUAAAGUGGACUACCAGACCAUCAUCUUUGACACUGCUCCAACCGGGCACACUUUGCGUUUCUUGCAAUUGCCAUCCACUUUGGAGGUUUUGUUGUCGAAAUUCAGCGAAAUCAGCGGGAAAUUCGGCCCAUUAUUGAACAAUUUGAUGGGCGGUGCCGGUGGUGGCGACAAACAACAAGACAUGUUGAGUAAACUCCAAGACAUCCAAGUCACCGUCGGGGAAAUCAACAAGCAAUUCCAAGACCCUGAUUUGACCACAUUUGUUUGUGUUUGCAUCUCCGAAUUCUUGUCAUUAUACGAAACUGAAAGAUUGAUUCAAGAAUUGAUGAGUUACAACAUGGACGUCAACUCCAUCAUUGUCAAUCAGUUAUUGUUCAGUGACGAAGCUGAUUGUAAAAGAUGUGCCUCUAGAUGGAAGAUGCAAAAGAAGUACUUGAAUGAAAUGAAUGAUUUGUACGAAGACUUCCAUUUGAUCAAAAUGCCAUUGUUGGGUAAUGAAAUUAGAGGCUUGAACAACUUGGUGAAAUUUAGUCAAUUCUUGGUUAAUGCUUAUGACCCAAAGAAGGACAACCAUAUCAUUUUCGAAUUGGAAACUAAAGAUUAA